AUGUCGUCGUCGGGCAUUCCGACCACGCCCAACAGCUCGCACCUGCGAUCCGGUCUGCCGACACCCACAGGCGCAUCCCGACGAAUCUCGCCCGCGGCUGCUUCGAGCAUCAGCCCAGCGGCGGACAGUCCCGACACUCGAUUCAAGAAGCAGACGUUGGCCGAAGCUAUCUCGAAAAACGAUCCGGCAAAGUACCGCCUCUCUCACGUUUCACCUUCUUCUGCCUCCUCUCCUGUAGCGAAAGAGAGCAGCGACGCAGACGACCACUCGCCUCUGCUGACUGCGGGUCGUCUGCCUCGCGCUUCGCUGCUAUCACGUAAAUCGCACUCUUCGCUUCGAUCCGAUACCCCACCGACUAGAGCCAUACCUCUGCCGCACGCUUCGCCCUCUGCCUCCGAUACUUCUCCAGGCUCCACCAGCUCAUCGGCACUGGCGCGUAGCAGAAGUCCCUUGCUAGCCUCGUCGAUCGCAGGCACAUCUCGAACAGUAGCCACGCCAAAACGAUACUCGGACAUCCACGCACGAAGCAGCUUCACUCCAUCUGCCAUCAACAGGACGCCCUCUCACACCUCGUCCACCGCCGCCUCUCGUGCACGGGAACAACACGUACAGCAGCAGCAUGUUCGACGCGGGCGAGACCUCGAAAUCGGUGACCUCGUUCGCAUGGAAGGAUCAGAGCUCGUAGGUGUUCUUCGUCACCUCGGUCCUGUCCAAUUCAAGCCCGGCUUCUACGCUGGUCUUGAGCUUACCGGUGAUAGCAUCGGCAAAGGCAAGAACGACGGCAGCGUACAAGGUACACAGUACUUUGCAUGUGCUCCCGGUAGCGGAAUCUUUUGUCCGGCUUCUAAGGUGGUCGCCAUCAACGAUGCUCCUCCAACCGAUGCCGUGGCCCGUCCGGCUUCGUCCUUGUCCAACAGACCCUCGUCCCGCGCCUCGGACGUCCCUGACCGCGCAGGCGCCAUCACCCCUUCGCGCAGACGAGCAAGUACCAUCUCACGCCCGCCUUCCACCACCCCCUCACGCACCUCGUCCCGCCUCGGUAUACGCCCUCCCUCCGUCGCAUUAGCAAGCAGACCAACAUCGGCCCUUGCCACCUCUCGUCCGGCCAGUCGUCUCACCGCACGCAAGAGUCUCGCCACAGCUACGCCUUCUUCCACGCGCGACGAUCACGACGAACCUCUUCGCCACCAGAGCAUGGCAAAGCAGACACAGUUGAGCCCCAUCCGCAGUGCGGCACCCACCUCGGCUUCCGUAGCGGCCAGAACACCAAGGUCAUCGCUUGCCGGCAUGCGCGCUGUAUCUAGUGUCGUACAGAGCACACCGGGUCUCGCAAAGAAGCGUCAGAGUUUAGGCGGUAUCCCUACUCCUCGAGCCACAAAGGGGCGCGCUUCGAUGUUUGCCCGCCCGGGCGCACUUCCCACCACCUCUGACGCAAGCAUGCCGCCCCCUCCUAGUCCUACCAAGGAAGCGCGCACCGAGCGUCCUUCCAGCGUGCUCUCCUUGCGCUCCAACAGCCGACUUGGCCGCGACCCUUCCGAUAUCGAAAGCUCACCUAUCAACAAGCAGGAGCCUACCUCGACCACCGAAUCAAACCUCGAAAAGAAUCGCAUGCUGCUCGACCUCAUGGAUCUCACUCCGCGCAAAUCCGCUCAACUCGCUUCUCGCUCGCAGUCUCGGGCAGAGAGCCGUGCAGGCCUUGAUGCUGCAGACCUGACGCACGGCUCUGUAGCAGAAGCCGUUGUUCCGCUCUCGCUGUACGAAGAGCAGGUGGCCGAGUUUGAGCAGCUUCGUGCACAGCUGGCGGAGCUCGAGAAGCAGAACGCCGAGCUCCGCCGUGCCCAAGAAGCGAGGAAAGCACGCAUGUCCGAGGCGCGCUCCAACGAGGCCAUCCUCGACGCCGAACGCGCCAAGAUGCGAGCGGAAGCACGCGACAGACAGGCUGAGAUGGAAGAGGAGCGGCGUAUCGAGCGUAAUGACGAGAUCCGCCGACGCACAGAGAUCGAAGACCGCGAAAAGGAGCUCAAGGAUCGACUCGCUGAAGCGCAGCAACAGCUCAGCAAAAGUGCCGACGACCACGAUCGAAUCCGGAAAGAAGCCGAGACCCGUCAGAACAGCUUGCAGCUCAAGCUGGAAGCAAGCGAGCACCUCGUCACCGAGAUGAAGAAUCGUAUCGAACACCAAUCAGCACUCGAGCAGCGUGGCGAGACCAAAGAGGCGCUCGAGACGCAGCUUAAGCUCAAAGACGCCGAGAUCGACAGCCUCAAAGCGUCACUCAAGCGCAUCGAAGACCAGACACAGACCGCUCGAGACGACUUGGUGCGCCAAAUCGACGAGCUCAAGGACGCUGGUCGCGAGACCAUCAGCUUGUACGAGCAGAGGAUCGAAGAAAUCGAAGCCGAACGCGCCGAAGUGCUCGACAACAUGCAGCUGCUCCAAGACAAGGCGCAAGAGGCCAUUCGAGCUGCAGAAGCUCGUGUUGAAGAGCUGCAGGCCGCCCAAGCGUCGUCCUCCCACAGUCGCAACGGCCUCGAGGCGGGGUCUGCUGCUGCUAUCGACAACGAAGCGUUGCGAGAGCAGGUGGCUCACCUCCAGGACAAGCUCGGCAAGUACGAGGACCAGAUCUCCGAAGGCGUGUUGGCGCUCGAAAAGGAGAAGCAGUAUGCUCAGAAGCGUCGCGACAAGUCGCACGAGGUCGAGACCAGCUUGAAGAACGAGCUCAAACGUAUCAAGACGGAGCUCGAGCGUACCCAGAGAGCUGGCAAAGAGCAGCUUGUGCUCCUCGAAGAGACGCGACACGCUUUGCAGGAAAGCCAGCAAGCGCUCGAACGCGAACGAGCUGAGCUCGAGGUCCUGCGUGCGGACGCGGAAAACUAUAAUGCGCUCAAGACGGGCCAUGAGGGCAGCUUUGCGUCUGCGAGUCAAACGCAGUGGCGAAGCGAGAGACAAGACCUUGAAGACAAACUUCAACGACAAAAGCAACAGGCGGAUGUGGAGCUGGAAGUAAAGGAGUCGGAGAUCCGUCAAUUGCGACUGCGCUUGGAGAACGAGAAGGAGAAUUCUGCUUCAAGAGCGCCGCUUGGUUCGCCAGGAGUGCAAAGGGAUGCGCACCGCCUCUCAGCUGCCUCGAACAGCAGUGUCAGUAGCAACCUCAAGUCCUCGCACCGCAUCUCGUCUAACGGCACGUAUGCGGCCAGUGACGUCUCGACCGCAUCGUCGUCGGCCAACCAGAUGUCGGGUCUCAGCUAUUUGGUGCGUCAGCUAGGCGAUGAAAACAACGAGAUCAAGGCCAAGCACAAGCUGCUCGAAUCGGAACUGAAGGCUCGUGCCCAAGAGGCCGAGACCAAGUCGCGUGCGCUCGAACUCACAGUCGAGACGCUAAGGAAGCAACUCGAGGCUCACGGUGGUGCUGCAGGAGCUACGUCUACUUCGGACUUGGCUCAAAAGCUGGCCGACAGCGAAGCACGUCUGCACAGCAGCGAGAGCACGUUGUCCGACCUGCGUUCGACGCUCGAGGCGACAAAGAUGGAGAGACGCGAUACGGCCAACUCGUUGCAGAAGGAGGUUUCGCAGCUGGAAGCGCUCGUGGAAGCACGCAUCUUCCGAGAGGAAGAGUUGUUGGCCGAAGUGGAGCGGCUCUCGCGAAGGCUGGACGAGCGCAGUCCCAUUCGCACUCUGAACCUGACCCAACCCAAAGUAUCUCUGAGUCUGGGCAGCCAAGAGCCGUUGCUGGAGAGGAAUGGAUCCAAUGUGCAGCAGCCAGGAAUCACGGGAGCGGCAGAGGAGGAAGAGGAGCUCAAUUUCUGUGGACUGUGCUCGCAGGGCGGGCAUUCGCUCGACAAAUGCGACAAGCUGAUGGAGCGGACCAGCUCGGUGGCGCACAAGGCGAGCAACGGCAGCAGUGCAUCGGGCCUAGAGGGCGAGCAAGAACCGUGCGACGACUGCGGCGAGGUGGGACACCGCUUCGAAGAUUGCCCGUAUGCAGCCGAGAUCUUCUGA